GUUAGAGGCCGCCAAGUGGAGUGAAAAACGGUGAAAUAAGAUCUCAUAUUUACAGCUGAUCUGUUUUUUUUGCGUUCAGCAGGAAGAAAAGGAGGCAAAGGAAGGAAAGAAAGCAGGCAGGCUGAACGCACAGAAGAGAAAAAAUGGGAUCUAUUGAAGUGGUUGUGAAGGAAUUCUAUGAUCCAUUGAAUGAGAGAAUUACAGAGAAAAUGUUGCGGUUUAUUAAUGUGACCGCGGGUGUGGAGUUGGCCAGCGCGGUUCCCACACGCGGUUUGCCAUAUGUGGACAGUCCCACUCCGAUGUUUGUUGCUCUGGCUGCUUAUUUGGUGGGUGUCUGUGGUGGAUCGCUGUGGAUUAAGAUUGCAGGGCUUAAGCCCAGGACUGUCGAGCCCAACUGGCUCAGGCUCCUUGUCGUGCUGCACAAUGCUUUUUGUUUGAUACUCAGUGUGUAUAUGUGCUCCGGCAUUGUUGCGCAAUCUAUACAUCUCAAAUAUUCUGUUUGGGGCAAUGCUUACAAGGAUGAUGAAAAGGAGAUGGCAUACUUCAUCUACCUUUUCUACAUGUCCAAGAUUGUUGAGCUGAUGGACACGAUGAUAAUGGUGCUAAAAAGAAAUGUUCGCCAGAUCACUGUACUUCAUGUAUAUCACCAUGUUUCUAUUGCUAUUAUUUGGUGGAUCAUUGCCCAUCAUGCACCAGGAGGAGAUGCAUACUUCUCUGCAGCGAUGAACUCGGCAGUUCAUGUAGUUAUGUACUUUUAUUAUCUGCUUUCAUCAAUUUUAAGAAACAAAGAAAUACGUCAAAAAUACCUCUUCUGGGGAAGAUAUCUCACCCAAAUCCAAAUGCUGCAAUUUGGUGUGAAUAUGGUUCAUGCUUACUACUGUGUGAAAACACAAGCUCCAUAUCCCAGAUUUUUAUGCAAGAUUCUGUUUUACUAUAUGAUCUCAUUAGUGGUAUUGUUCUACAACUUCUACCUGCAGAAGUACAACUCCAAGUCAUAUGUGAAGCAAUCGAAGCUUGAGUAAUAGAAGAAACCCAAAACCCAAAGCUUCUCCCAUGUUUGGACGGGAUGUUAGACUCCAGAUAACUCAUUGUUCACAUAAUUUUUUUAUUAUGGUACUGGAGUAUAAUUACCCCAAUUAAGUUUUGUGGGUGAAAUGUAACAGGAAGGAACUGCUUUAAUGCUUUUUUUUAUAAUGGGCCACCAAUCGAGGGUCCUCUUUUUGCUAAUUUUGUGCUUUUUUAUACCCACAAUGUAUUUUGUUUGUGCCUCGCUUUUAAGUGGAAUCCAUGUGCACAAGCGUUGUACUGUCUUGGAAUUGUUCUGCUCUGUAUCAGAAUGCACUUAUAGAGGAUACUUUGCUCACCAA